ACGUCAGUAGGAGCUGUCCGGGAGCUAUAUAAGGCUGGCGGCGGUCCCGGGACAGACCCCGUGUUCCCCAAGGCGCCCUCAGCCCGCCCGGGGGGACAGAGACUGGAGCGCCGUCCUGCAACGUGCAGACGCUCUCCGGCAACCUGUGAGUGGCUCGGAGGAGCAUCUGCCCUGACUCCCUCAGCACCCGGACUCGUCGCAUAGCUCACCCAUCGCGACUCGCUCAGAGGGACGGAGGGAGGACAGGGUGGCGCUCGGCUGGGCUGCGGCUGGAGGGAAGGCUGUGGGCACGGGCGGCAGCCUCAGGGGCCCGGCGGGGGAGCUGGAUGAGCGCGGGAAGGGGAGUGGCGCCACCUGCCCCGGGCGCACCUCACCCUGCGCUACGCCUGUGUGUCCAGGGCCGGCGGCACCAUGAGGCAGGUGGGACGCGCGGCGCUGCUGGCGGCGCUGCUGCUCCUGGCGGCGCUGCGCCCGGGGAGCAGCCAGUGGAGCCCGGAGGCGGCGGUGGCGGGGGUCCGGGACCCGAGUCUGCGCUGGAGCCCUGGGGCGCGGAACCAGGACGGCGGGGCCCGCGCGCUACUCUUGCUGCUGGCCGAGCGCUUCCCGCGCCGCGCGGGGCCGGGAGGAUGGGGACCCCGGACUGCGGGAGAGCGGCCGAGACGGGACGACCCUCCGCUAUCCAUUGACCUCACCUUCCACCUGCUGCGGACCCUGCUGGAGCUGGCGCGGACGCAGAGUCAGCGGGAGCGCGCCGAGCAGAACCGCAUUAUAUUCGAGUCCGUGGGCAAGUGAUCUUCGGAGGGGUCUGCGGCCACGAGAACCUCGACCCCCGUCCCCCACCCCCUGGGCCGGGACGUGCGCGACCGGAACUGACCCAGUCCCGCCGGGCUAUAGCGGCCCAGGGAUGCCCUGGGCACUCUGUGCGUCACCAGUUUUUAAUAAAAGUGCUGAAGAGCCUUUGGCCUCGGUUGUGGGGCGCAGGGAGCCACGGCAGGAUGGGAGCCCGGGGGAAAGUGCGGCCUCCCGGGCCGGCGGGAGGGAACCAGAUGCUGCAUGAGGGCUCCCGCAGAACGGCUUUCAGCCAGGGCCCCAUGUCUCCAUCGCCCCCAGGAACUCAAGUCCCGGUGCCGUCGCACCCACCCCGACCCUCCUCCCUUGGCACUGGGCUAGCGAACCCGUGCCCUACAGGGGUCAUUCCACUUCCGCCCCCCCCAA